CAUCGGCGUAUGGCGGAUAUGAGAAGCAAAGAGCAGGACUCGAAGGCUCUUGCGCAAUCACUGUCGUUUCAGCAUCUCUACUAAUCCAUCGACACCGGACACAUGUACGCACCGCCAAGGUCAACUUAAAAGAUCGUCGUCCUUGUUGAAUACGAUUCAUGACCGCUCUUGCGGCCCAAAGCUCCAGUCUUCAUCGUUGCACACCCCACUGUAAAGGCGCAUACGACAGAGCUUGCCCGAGCCAUUCGAUGCGCAUGCAUUGUCCCACGAACCGGGAUUUCCUUGCAUCACUACUGCAAUAGCAGCCACUCGACGGCUUUCCGUUGCAUUUUCCAAGUGCCUGGUCGGCUUCCAUUAUUCGGUGGUGGGGCAGCAAUCGCGAAAAGCAGGGCGCAAGCGUGCUGCGAGCUGCACUCCAUCGACUCGCUAACGCGCAACAACCGGAACUUCCGACAACCCUGUCGUGCGCGUGGUGUGGCUCGCUGCGUCCAGCAUGCAGGGGGGCCAUGAAACGAACAGCACUGGCAGCCUCUACUCCGCCGCCAGUGCGGCCAUGGACUUCGCACCUCCGCCCACCUCUCCCACUGCAUCAUCGCGCCCUGCAAGCAUGGUCACGAACGGCCACCACCACCGGCCGUCGACUGCCAGCAUGCAGCAGCGAGUGAAGCGGAGUUCGAGUCGCAUCACCGAUGGCGCUGGGAGUAGAUCAAGCGACGACGACGCAAAGACCGCGGUCAAAGUUGCUGUGCGGGUGCGACCACCGCUUAGACCUACAGACCCUGGCUACGAUCUAAUACCACAGCGUUUCCGCGAGAGUACGUGCGAGGUGCCAACUCCGACAAGUUUAGCAGUGCAAUCACAGCAAGGCAAGAAGCUCUUCCUCUUCGACAGAGUAUUUGAUGAGGAUACCUCGCAAGAUGGCGUGUGGGAGUAUGUCAGUGACAGCGUCUCUUCCUUCGUCAGAGGCUACAAUGUCUCGAUACUCGCCUACGGCCAAUCCGGCGCCGGCAAGUCAUACACCAUGGGCACAUCGGGCCCGGAAGAUCAAAGCGAUGCGAACAUUAUGGGCAUCGUGCCAAGAGCGGCGAGAGCGCUGUUCGACAAGCUCAAUGGUACCGUCACGCGACCGUCAGGAUUACAGACACCCAAGCGCUACUCUACCCAAGCAUUACCUACGUUAGCGAGCUUCGCUAAGACCAAUGGCAACGUGAACAGGAACUGGGAACUCAAAGCUAGCUACGUCGAGAUCUACAACGAGCAACUACGGGACCUGCUUGUCCCAGAAGGCGUGGGAAUGGCGGAUCGCUCGCAGGUCGCGAUACGAGAAGACAAGGGCCGCAUAUGGCUGUCCGGGUUGAAUGAAGUAACGAUCAAUUCUGUCGACGACCUGCUGGAUGCGCUCAACCUCGGCUCGUCCAUCAGGCAAACAGAUGCCACUGCAAUCAAUGCGAGGUCUUCGCGCUCACAUGCAGUGUUCAGCUUACAUCUUGUCCAGAGGAAGCCGAGCGAGCGUUCACCAUCACCUACGCCGAACCUCGAAAAGCGAAGAUCUGUGCCGAUUGGGAUGAUGGCCACAGCUGAGGAUGUCGUGACGCUUGAUAGCAAGUUGCACUUCGUCGAUCUCGCUGGCAGUGAGCGGCUCAAGAAUACCCAAGCUACCGGCGAUCGGGCCAAAGAAGGCAUUUCCAUCAAUGCUGGGCUGGCCAGUCUUGGAAAGGUCAUUGCGCAGCUAUCCGUCAAGUCUCCGAAGGCGCACAUCUCCUACCGUGACUCGAAGCUUACGCGACUGCUACAAGAUUCGCUAGGUGGCAACGCCAUCACUUUCAUGAUAGCAUGUGUCACGCCAGCUGCCUUUCACCUCAGCGAAACGGUCAACACGCUUGCCUACGCUUUGCGCGCACGAGCGAUCCAGAGUAAGCCAGAGAUUCAGCAAACCUACGACGAUGGCGACAAGCAAGCCGCUCUCGACCGACUGCGUGCGGAAAACUCCUUUCUACGAGAUCAGCUUAGGCAUGGUGCCGAGAAUGGUGACAGAAGAGAUGCGCCUGCCGGCCGGUCAGAACGGCUUAGGGAGCGCGAGGCCGAAAUGCACACGCAACUUCUGGACAUCCAAGAGAACUACAACGCACUCCGCGAGAGGCACGCUAUGCUGAUUACAGAAUUGUCAAAGGCGCGCGAAGGCGAUGAGGCGGAGACGCCGCUGCUGGCUGAGGCUCUCGGCGCGAAUGCGAUGGAGCGCGUAAAGCGGUCAAGCGCACUUGCGGAAGCAACGGAAAGUGUUCUGCUGGAGUACGAGAAGACCAUCCAGCAGCUAGAGUCCAACUUGUCAAAUACAAGAUCCACGCUGUCGCAUUCCGAGAGUACGCUAACGGAAAAGGAGACGCGCAUCGCUUAUAUGGAGACAAUUCAGCACCAAAUGCAGGCGCGGAUACAGAAGUUUCUGGAGCGCGAGCAAAGCAAUGAGGGCUACAUGCGCGACUUGGAAAUGAGAGUGGAAGGAUCAGCCUCGGGCGAAGAACGCAGCCUCACUUCUAUUGCUCAGCUACACAAGGAGAUUGCACGCAUGCGAGAAACCGAGGACAGCCAAGAGGAGUACAUCUCAACGCUGGAGGAACGAUUGGCGGACGCGGAGCAAGAUCAAGAAUUGAUGCAGCGCGAGCUCGACCGCCUGGAGAAUGUUGUGGAGCGCCAGAGAAGCAUUGGCAAGCUGGACAACCUGCUGGGUGAGCUUGAUGGCAUGCGGCAGAUUGAGCCGCAAGCGCAUCACCAGGAGAUAGAAACGAUGCGGCAGGUUGAAAGGCCGAAGAUGAACGGUCACCGCGACUCGUACGAUCCGUUCAGGCCAAAGUCACCGACUGAGGGUAGCAUUGCGGACGGCGGUGAUGAAGACUUCAAGGACGCCGAAACUGAGCAGCCAGAACACAACCAUGCGGAACAAGAGUCCAGCGAUGACUUGUUGUCAUCUAGUAAGAGGCACACGCUGAUGCCAGCUGAAACCGAAGUUCGCAGUCCCGCGCAGAAUGACUUCAUGGCAGACAAGCUCGAGACGCUGACGCAGGAGCUCUUCGACUUGCGCUCUGAGCAUGAGUCGAGCCUCGUUGAUUACGACAACCUUCAGCAGAAAUACCAGACGGCCUUGGAGACGCUUGCCAAGCUCGAGUAUGGGAAGGAGACGCCCCGGUCGCUUGACACGCCUACUCCGAGUUGGCCAACAUCUUUUUUAGCAGACGCGGGGAUGAGGGACGAGGAAGAGGCGAAUGGACAGCCCUCAUCCUCGCGGUCUUUGGCGGAACUGUCAUCGCAGCGGCCAUUGAGUACUACCGGAGAAGCGUCUAUGGCGAAGACCAGGCAAGGUUCGGAUAGUGAUCGGAUCGGCAUGUUGGACGAGAUUGCUGUGCAACAUGACGUUUCGGAUGCCGAGAUACAGGAUGCAGUGCAAAGGCAGGAUAUGGCUAAGGAAAUGGAAUUGCUGAGGAGACUACACGCUGAGAAAGAGGUCUCGGUUGCGGAGCUGACCAACAACUACAAGACUUUGGCGCAACGGCAUGAGGCUGCGCUGCAAGAGGUGGAGGAGAUGAGGCAGGAGAUGCAGCGCGCCCGCGAUCGCGACUACAGCCUUCGGCCUACGUCACCAAGCUUCACCAAGCCAGUCCUCAGAAGGAAGUCUGAAGAUCCAAUUGCCAACGAGCGCGCAUCCCGGUCUUUCGCCAGUCUCAAGAACAUUGCUUUGGAGAAUUUUGAGUCAUCGCCCGACACGAGGCAAAGCUUUGAGACGCACCUGAACAGCAUGAUGAACGAGCUGCACGGCAAGACCGAGAGAGUGCAUGCGCUCGAAGCCGAGCUUGCGACUGUGCGCAAGGACCUCGAAGGCAAGCAAACGAUGAUUGCCGGCCUGACGCGAGAGCGUGCCAGCUUGGCCGCUUCUUCCGGCAUGGAUUUCUCGGUCGUUGGCCAGAUGCGCGAACAGCUCGAAGAGAGCCAGCAUCAAAUUCGUUCGCUACACGAGCAGCACGCUACUCGGGAGAAGGAGUUCCACUGCCAGAUUGAGAUGCUGAAGACUAGCUUGACUGAACACCAAAAGCUCGCUGCGGCGCAUGCUAACCAACUUCCGACGCCGAGCGAGGACCUCCACUUCUCUCACAUACCUGGCGACUACCCGCAGACACCAGCUGUUGAGGUUACACCUACGCAGGAGAGUCAUAUUGAGCAAACCAUGGCCGGCGCAACCCGGGACAACGAGCGGGUCGAAGAGAUUUCCCGGCUGCAAGGUGAUCUGGCGGCAUGGGAGGUGAGGCAUCAGGACGCGAUGGACUCUAUGAAGCUGUCGGAAGCCAAGCUGCUAAACACGAUUGCCGAUCUCGAGGAGUCAUUGCACCGGGCUGAUAAAGCAGCGAGGUCGAGCACCUCAAGCAAUGAAAAGCCUCUGCCACCGCCUCCGACGGAAGAGGAAAAGGCUAUUGCACUCAGUCUUGAGGAAGAGCGCGACAGGCACAGAGAUAUUGUCGGCGCGUUGCAGAGCGAGAUCGAGAUAUACAAGUCCACCUCCCACGACCACAUGAUGAAAAUGACCCAGCUCGAGCAGUCAUAUGCGAACAUCUUGCACAAGGUCGAGGAAGAUUCAAGAUCGCGCGAUUUGAGCGAGAAGGAACUGCAGACUCACCGGGACCUCGUGGCAAACCUCGAGAAUCAGCUACAAGUGCACAAGUCGGCCAUCAGCAUGCACCAAGAGACGCUUGAGUCAUUGCAAGCGAACCAUAGCAGGCGUGUUGACGAUCUUAAAGCGACACAGCAAAAGUCGGAAGAGCAAUCCACCCGGCGCCUGGCGGAGCUUGAGGAGCAUCAUUCUCUGGUUGUCCAAAACAUGCAGGCUGACUUGAUGAGUGCUCAAGCCAUGGUCACUGAGCUUCUCCGCAGCGCGUCUUCUGCGCUCGGUUACGAGACUGACCCGAAACAGCUGCAUUCGCAGAUCAAAGGUCUGGUAGAGGAAGGCAAAGAGCUGCACGGUCGUCAUCUGAAGACGACUAAUGAGCUCAAAGACCUACAAGAAGAGCUGCAGAAGAGUCUGAACCAGCAGGUUGGCUUAGAGAACAAGAUUGGCGAGCUCAAGAUGAUCAACGAAGAGGCCAUUCUAAACUUUGAGAAGGUUAGCGCGAAAGAGAAGAAGAGUCGGGAGUUGGUCGAGGAGCUCGAGGAGCAGCUUACUAACAACUUCGACUCCCACCAGCGCACGAACCAUCGUUUGUCGAGCAUUCAGUCGGAAACGGUGCAAGUACGCUUGGAGAUGGAGAAGGAGCUGGAGGAGCUGAGGGCCAAGAAUAACGCGCUCGAGCAACAAAUGGCUACGCUGAGGAGAAUCUCGUCCAACUCGAACGCUUCAGGACCUACAUUCAACCGCGAGUCGCUAUCACCCGAGGCUGCGGCUAUCGCGCUUGCCAGGUCCGCCUCACAGACUUCGGCACGUAAGUCGCCGCCGACAGUGAUGCCAACGCCUCCACCAUCUGUCCCGCUGCCACCGUUGCCGAACUCGCCCAUCACGGCAACACCGCCAAUGCCGAACGGCCUGGAGCGGGCGACAUCGCCAGUGCAGCGCGCUGCAUCACCAUUUGCCAGCACCUCGCCACCAGGAUCACGCCACACUUCCCGCGAAGUGGCGCCCACGUCUCAUCAGCUUGAGGAGCAUGAAGCACGCAUCCGCACCAUCGAGAAGCACCUCUUCGCCGAGAAGCAGCUCACGGCCACGCUCGAAGAGGCGCUGGUCGAUCUGGAGACGUCGGCGAAUCGGACAAAGUCGGAGAUGGAGGUUUGGCGGAAGAAGUGCACGUCGUUGGAGGAUGAGCUUGUGGGCUUGCGUCGCGACAAGAGCAACUCGCGAGCCAGUCUGCAGGCCGUGGAGGAGGAGCGCGAAAUGCGCCUGCGGGCUGAGAGGGCUCGACAGGCGCUUGAGCAGCGGAUGAUGGAGUUGAAUACUUCGAAGAAGAAGAAGAAGAAUGCCCUUAACUGCUUCUAGUCGAGGCAGUGACGGCGGAGUUUUACAGUGGCUUAUCUGAAAGAACCAUGGUGAGUGUACUAUACGGGCAUCUAGGGUGGGCGUAUUGGGGCAAGGUCCACGAAGAUACACGAUGGCUGAGAGGAGGAUGGGUCUUGGAUCAUGGGGCGUUCGGGUGACGAUUGGCACGGAGUCUGGCUGGCCCGGCAGGCACAGUGGCGUGCUUCGCACAAUACCCCUUUUUGCGGUGUAGUUCUAUGUAAAGUAUGCCAUGUGUACAAUGUGCAAGAGCGAGACUACCUGCGAAAGAUGACCAGUGA